AUGGCAACGGCUCCACCAUCGCCACUGUUCACGAGUUUAACAGGCGUCUGGAGCCUGUUAGCUCUUCGGAGCGAUGUUGACGAUAUCAUUAUCGAGUUACUUGGGCGCUUUGAACUGGAGAAGAUCUACGCAGACUCUGACAAAGACAAGUAUGCAGACUUGAUUCUCGCAUUACUCGCUCAGCUCGACGUGAUCUUCUUCAUCCAGCGGCUCACACUACCAGCCCCAGGACGAUCACCAGUUGGAUGGUCUCUUGGAUUUCUUGUGAGUUGGGAGGUGACGGUGCGUGCUGUGGAAUUUAUACUCCAGAUCGUACUAGAGGCUCGCGAGGUCCUGUGGGAUACCGCUUUUCGAGACGAGUAUCUGGCCCGCUUGUUACUAUCGACAGUCCGAAUUCUCUUGCUUCAUCCCAAACCUCCAGCAAAUACAAAAGCAAGAGACCGUCGAGACCGGUUUGUGCGCAUCCAACGGUCCAUGGAGCGAAUUUGCGACAGUUAUCCCGAUACCAACUCGUCUCUGCUCUCCGUCUGUAGAGCAAUCGCAGACACACUCUGCUCUGCACCCGAAACAUUGACCUUACCACCUAGACUAAAACAGGAGCUUCCAUGUUUGCCAGAGGAUUUGCUGUUAGCUCUUUAUGACGUGUCACAGUUUGUUGUUGGGGCAAAUGUCCAGUUCGUGGUCAAUAGCCAGAAGUCGGGCGACUCGGAGCUAGAAGCUGCCUCAAAGAAAACUCGCGAUGCAGUUCUAUAUGCAAUCAACCACAUUGGAUCCCCCUCCUUCAUUCCCUCGGGGAAACUGGUACCGGUUAUCAGCGAGUCCUUUCGCAUCAUUCUACCCGAUACCCCCAGCCUCAUGCAGCAUGGGUCCAACAGCAGUGACCAUGAUGGAAAUAUAAUAGAUGCAUGGGACACGCUGCAUGAAAAACUCAGUUACCGCCAGAUGAUUCAUCGUAUCAGCGAUCGAGCCGUGAUGCAUAAUGUGUACCAGAUCACCAGGUAUAUUGAGCUUUUGGACGACCCCACUGACCAGUUGAAGUCAACCAGUCCACGGCUGUACACGGUGAACUGUCAACAGUGUCAUUUGAUCGGAUAUUCUCAGGUCAAGGAUGUAGAACAUAUCAGAUCUCUUACAGAUGAUACUGGAAAAGCGCAGGAGAUCAUCCUUCCGCCAGACUCGUCGUGCAAACUCUGUGGCUCUAAAGCCACUAUGCUACGUGAGCUACCACUUGCACGAUACACUUGGGAGAGUCUCAAGUCAAUCAUUCCUAACGUGGAGGCAAUCAAUGUGGAACGGCAUCUCCCCACCCAGUUUUUGUUAUCACCACCCAAAGCCGACCAGCUACGACGGGGCUCAGAAGGGACACAAGGAAGUUUAUCGCCUCCAGCACUGUUCAGCCUCCCACAGAGACGGUUCAAUGGUACUCGUGCUGAUUAUUUUGAGAAUGUUCCGCCCCCUGGUAGCCGAAGCAUGAGCGACACCCCUCCCCCGAGGACACCAAGGCCCAUUACUGGAGAGCAUCCCUUUUCCGCAGACGAUGUGGGAGAGCAAUUCUCUAGGACAACAUCAAUUGAACAAUUUGGCAAAACCGUCACUUUCACAAGCCAAAGCUUGUCAUCGAGUAGUGGCACUCGAACACUCUCGCCCCCUGAUCGUUCAGAGAAAUCUUCAAAAUGGAAAUCACGAUUCAACAGGUCUAGAAAGGAUACGAAAGACCCUACGGAUACGAGUUCCCUAUCAUCAGCUACCCUCGAGGCACAAAAGCCAGAGGAGAUUGAUUUGAGACCUUUAGUUAGUCGGGCGAAGGAUUCCACAAAGGGAAAAUCCUCUCAGAACAUCAACGUUUCUCUUUCGCAGAACUCCACCCACACGCUCUUUUGGACGCAUUCAACCAUUCAGCUCUGGGAUAUCAGCACAGAUCCUGCCAGCUUCAAACAUUUAGUCUCUACAGAAGGGUUCUGCGUCCUAGCAGCUGUCACGGCGAAGUACAUGGCGUACGUGAUUGGCGAUCGAGAUCAAAGGUUGACGCUGCGGAUUAAAAACCUUACUCAGAUGACAUCCACUGUCGCUGAGUAUCGAAUGAGGCCUACGCCGUGGUGCAGGUGUAUGGCAAUAUCCCCAACAGGAGGGACCGUUGCGGUGGGAUUCGAGAACGCAACCGUCGGCCUGUAUAGCUGUUUCGAUUCGCAGUCUGCCCGACCAUAUCGACUUCAUGUUCGUCACCACCAGGAUUGCAAAGACUGUCCUCCCGUCGACACGGUAUCAUUUUCGAAUGACGGGCUUGUCCUUGUCGUUAGUACCAGGAGCACAAAGAGCGGAACCAUUCAAGUGUACUUAUCGCGGUUCCCAUUCUCGGAUUUUGAAGAGCUUGUACCAUGCCGAUAUCGCGUUCCCCUUCAUGAGUCAGAAGACAAUGGGGUGUCAUCCGUACAUUUCCAGCCAGGGAAAGACGGUAGAGAAGACCUUGUCUGUAUCACAACAUGGACACAAUCCGGCGUUCCGGUGCUCAUCCAUCCCAACGGAGGCCAUAAGACCGAGAUCCGAUCGCAAAGCUCGUCUUCUAACCGGCAAAGCAAAUUGGGUGAUCGCAUCCAGGCAUCGGCUUUUGCGCCGUCCGGACGAGAGCUGGCGGUGGUCAACGACCAAGGCUACGUGUACCGAAUAUCUGACCUGAGCUCGGUUCCUAUGGAUAUCCGAAGAGUUGCAACGUCCAAAGCGUUUCCAAUAAAGUCCGAUUCUUUUGCAUUGGCAUUCGUGCCACUGCUAGAUGAAGAGACCAUUGUUCUCUCCUGGUCUGAUUCAUCAAAAGCCAUGGGUUACGUGAAAAAGAUACCAAUAGUCCCUACGGGAGAGAUCUACAAUUCUCCAAAGUCGAACUUUUCGACAUCCGUUAUCGACGUCCAUGUUAAUCCUCGCCCUACCCAGUCGGAACUUCCAGAACGCGAAUACAAGGAACCUGAAAAACCUCGCAUCUUCCAAAAGCCUGCUGUAGAGCUCGAGGCCUCGGAGAUUGUGAUGGAUUCUAAUAAGCUGGUGGAUUCUAAUAAGCGAGCUUCGAGGAUGGGGUUAUUAGGGUCACUGUACGGCAAGAAAUGA